UCUUCUACGAGUACAGCUGAUUUAUAUCAGCAAGUGCGUAUCACAUCAUUACUAAAUCGAACGCGGUGAACAACGUGCUUGGAUUUUUCAGUGCGUUUUAUUGGCAAUAAGUGCGUGUCACACUUUUUGGAGUACCCACUGCCUUUACAUAUUUUCAAAAUGAGGGAGGAUCCAACCCAGCCUCUGAAGAAAACUGGAAACAAAUUACCACAGUACAUUGCGGCAUUAUCAGUAUGCCUUGGUUCCGUGGCAACCGGCGCCGUACUUGGCUGGACGUCAAAUAUUUCCGAAGCAAUGAAAGCGGGAGCCUACAAUGGUAUACCAAUAGACGAUGACAACUUGGGAUGGAUUGGAUCCUUUGCAACCCUAGGCGCAAUGUGCAUGUGCUUCCCCAUCGGUAUACUGUGCGACCUGAUCGGAAGAAAGGUGGCCAUGCUCAUCCUCACCGUACCCUUCGUCAUCGGAUGGCUGUUAAUCAUUUUCGCAAAUUCCGUCGGUAUGAUUUACGCGGGGCGUUUUAUAACUGGAUGCGCAGGCGGCGCCUUCUGCGUAUCCGCGCCGUUGUACACCAGCGAGAUUGCAGAGAAAGAGAUUCGAGGCGCCCUUGGAAGCUACUUUCAACUGCUGUUGACCGUCGGCAUCCUGUUUUCGUAUAUAAUCGGCUUCGUCGCAGACAUUAAGACGUACACGAUCAUAGUGGCGAUUCUGCCCUUGGUGUUUUGCGUCGUCUUCUUCUUCCAACCCGAGACACCCGUCUACAGGAUGAAACAAAAGCGAGAAGGCGACGCCAGGGCUGCCCUCAUCCGUCUACGCGGGAAGGAGUAUGAUGUCGAUGCCGAGUUGAAAGAAAUUCGAGAAACGCUAGAGGCGGAAGAGAAGAAUAGAGUGUCAUUUAUAACCUGCAUGAAGACAAGGAGUGCGAAAAUAGCGUCAAUUGUCUGCUUCAGCCUCAUGUUCUUCCAACAGGCCGGCGGAAUAAACGCCGUCAUUUUCUACACCGGUGACAUCUUCAAAUCUUCAGGGUCUUCUUUGGAUCCGGGCGUUGCCACAAUUAUCUGCGGAGUAAUCCAGAGCAUCUCCACGUUUGUCUCGUCACUGAUCAUUGACAAACUGGGACGAAGAAUUCUACUGAUACUCUCCGAUCUUUUAAUGGUAGUGUCCGGGGUGGCGUUGGGGAUUUUCUUCUCGCUUAAAGAGCGCGAGUUGGUCGAUAAAGAGACGCUUUCCACCCUGGGAUUCCUGCCCAUAGUCUCUCUUUCAGUUUUCUUCAUUGUAUUUUCGCUAGGCUUCGGUCCAAUUCCCUGGAUGAUUUCUUCCGAGUUGUUUCCGUCAGAAAUCAAAAGUGUUGCCAGUUCCGCGGCGGGGACUUUUAAUUGGUUUAUAGCAUUUUUGAUAACCAAGUUUUAUCUCAGUUUGAAAAACGCCGUCGGUGGCGAUGUUACAUUUUACAUUUUUUCGGUUAUAUCCUUAAUUGGUACCAUCUUCUGUGUCUUUGUCGUGCCCGAAACGAAAGGGAAAUCUUUGGAAGAAAUCCAAAGAGAGCUCAACAAAGAGAAAUAGUUUAGUAUUAGUGAUAUGUAAAUUAUGUCCAGAUGAGACUGAGUAAUGUGCAUAUAAGAUUACUUGAUUAUUUUCUUACCCAUGCAACUUAUUUAUUUGUAGAUUUUAAUACUUUAUAAUAAAUAGAUUGCCAAAGU